UGUUUAGUCCUUGUCAUAUCUAGCUAGUGACUGCAAUGUGUAUAAUUUUAUAGAACCAACUGCUUACUCGUUAUUUUGCAAAAACAGAUUGUUUUGUUGUCAUAUUUCUAUCUUGAUAUUACUGCCUAGUCUUAGUCUGUUUUUUUUUGUCUGAAUCUGGUAUAUCUCGAGCGUUGUAUAGGUGAUGUAGCUGCAUGGGAAUGGUGGAACUUAUCAAUAAUCUUUGGCAUAUCAGAGUGCUUUGGCUUUCUUGUCAGAAAGUGGAGGAAUCAGUCAAUCCAUAGGUCUUCACAUUUACCUAGCUCAUCGUCAAUGGGAGUAAGAUAUCGGAAUGAGGACAGCAACAGAGAAUGCGACAUCCUUGAUAUUGGUGGAUAUGUAAUGAAAAUUCCAUUCAUUACCUUUCAAAUCAUCCUUUUCUUGAGCUUAGAGGGAACAUCUGCUUCUCCCAAGAACAUUCCGAUUGUAGUUCUGUUUGCACCUCUUUUUCUGCUACAAGGAGCUAGGGUGCUUUUUAUUACAUAUAUUUCGCUGGCGAAUUCUAUCUUUUGGAUUUAUACUAGUGUUGGUGGUCCUUAUGGAAGGUCUUUUGCCAGAUCAUUGGCUAGUGUAUUCCUGAGAUUUUUUCAACAUGGUAGAAGGUUUGUGGAGAAAUCUGUAUUAUGGAUUUAUAGUGUUGGUGUUUCUUGUGGAAGAUAUUUUGCGACAUCAACAGCUCGUAUAUUCCGGGGUUUCUUUCAACAUGGUGUAAGAUUACUUGGCUGCUGGUCUGUCGAUGAAGGAAGCCAGGAGGAACAAGCUAGGCUCUACACUGAAGAAGCUACUGAGUAAAGCUCUCAUCUUUUGGUAACAUAAGAAAUGGCUCUUUUCACUUAUACACUAUGGGUCCGACUGGUACGGACUUUCGCUUUACACUUUGGCUUUAGAAUUAUUGCAGUAGA